AUGAAGGAAGCACGGGGACAAAAGUGCCCUGGGGACCCUGGUAGCAGGAAGGAGGGUCCACAGGGAAGUGGAGGCAACGCCUGGCACGGGCUGUUGGUGAGUCGGACUGCAGGAAGCAACAGGCGGGUGCUGGAUGGCAGAACAACAAACAUCAGUGACAUUUUCCUGUCUGAGCCCACCAGAGAAACGACUUCCCCUAUUGUCCACGCUCAUAGCUCCUUGUCAUCUAAUCCCAUAUCAUCUUCUGUAAUUUGUCGCAGAACAAACAGGCUGUGGCUGACGGCCUUUAUUUCAAGGACCAGCUCUGCUUUUCUCCCACAGUCCAAUGAAUGCAUCAGACACUCAGCUUCGGUUCCCAUGGCAACUGGGACUAAUGGUCUAGGGACUAAGGAUGAGACAAAGAGAAACGCAGGGAAAUGA